AUGGCGGCAAUUGCAACUCCUCAACACCGAUCAUCCAAGACGGAAUCCUAUGUCGACAACAAGCGCAAAGAGGACAUCCGCCACGCCAACAUCGUCGCCGCACGCGCCGUCGCCAACGCGGUGCGCACCAGUCUCGGCCCCAAGGGCAUGGACAAGAUGAUUUCUACCUCCUCAGAUGAGGUCAUCAUCACCAAUGAUGGCGCCACCAUCCUCAACAAGAUGCAGGUCCUUCAGCCCGCUGCCAAGAUGCUCGUUGAGCUCUCUAAGUCGCAGGACUCCGCCGCCGGCGACGGUACCACCACAGUCGUCGUUAUCGCUGGUGCCCUACUCGAGCAGUGUCUCCUCCUUCUCUCCCACGGCAUCCAUCCCACCGUCGUCUCCGACUCCCUUCACAAGGCAGCCGUUAAAGCCGUCGACGUCCUCACCGCCAUGGCUGUUCCCGUGGAACUCUCGGACCGCGACUCGCUCGUGAAGUCCGCCAGCACCUCUCUCAACAGUAAGGUUGUGAGCCAAUACUCCACGCUCCUGGCGCCCCUAGCCGUCGACGCUGUUCUCUCCGUUGUUGAUGCCGCCAAGCCCGACAUGGUCGACCUCCGCGACGUGAAGAUCGUGAAGAAGCUUGGUGGCACCGUUGACGAUACGGAGCUCGUGAAAGGUCUCGUCUUUGACAAGAAGGUUAGCCACGCCGCUGGGGGACCCACCCGCAUGGAGAACGCCAAGAUCGCCGUCAUCCAGUUCCAGAUUUCGCCGCCUAAAACCGACAUCGAACAGAGCAUUGUGGUGAGUGAUUACUCUCAGAUGGAUAGGAUUUUGAAGGAAGAGCGUAGUUAUAUUCUUGGCAUGAUUAAGAAGAUCAAGGCCACUGGUUGUAAUGUGUUGUUGAUUCAGAAGAGUAUUUUGAGGGAUGCUGUUACUGAUUUGUCCUUGCAUUACCUUGCAAAAGCUAAGAUUUUGGUGAUUAAGGAUGUGGAGAGGGAUGAGAUUGAGUUCAUUACCAAGACUUUGAAUUGUUUGCCCAUUGCUAACAUUGAGCAUUUCCGCGCUGAGAAGUUGGGUUAUGCUGAUCUUGUAGAAGAGGUUUCUCUUGGGGAUGGAAAGAUUGUGAAGAUUAAGGGUAUUAAGGAGAUGGGGAAGACCACGACUGUGCUUGUUCGUGGGUCUAAUCAGCUUGUGCUUGAUGAGGCGGAGCGGAGUUUGCACGAUGCUUUGUGUGUUGUUAGGUGUUUGGUUGCUAAGAGGUUUCUAAUUGCUGGCGGUGGAGCGCCUGAGAUUGAGCUUUCCAGGCAGUUGGGUGCCUGGGCUAAGGUGUUGCAUGGGAUGGAGGGUUACUGUGUGAGGGCAUUUGCUGAGGCACUUGAAGUUAUUCCCUAUACUCUGGCGGAGAAUGCUGGUUUGAACCCCAUCGCCAUCGUUACUGAGCUGAGGAAUCGUCAUGCACAGGGUGAGAUAAAUGCUGGAAUCAAUGUGAGGAAGGGUCAGAUUACCAAUAUCUUGGAGGAGAAUGUGGUGCAGCCCCUGCUUGUGAGCACAAGUGCGAUUACUUUGGCAACUGAGUGUGUGCGGAUGAUUUUGAAGAUUGAUGAUAUUGUAACUGUGAGGUAG